UCAGUUGUCAAUUUGUCAUUCAUUUAGGAACUAAUUGCGUGCUCGGGUUCAUUUGUUGAAAUGGCCAAUGCUGCUGAUCUGAUACAACGAAAGCAACGUUCUGAGUUUCUCUCAAGUAUUAAGAAAACCCUAAACAAAUCUAUAGAGGGAAAUCCAGAGCGCAUUUCACCCAUCCUAACUCUAGCACUGAAUGAUGCUGCGACUUAUGACAAGGCUACAAAAUCUGGGGGGCCUAAUGGAUCCAUUCGGUUCAGCUCAGAGAUAAUCAGACCUAAAAAUAAAGGGCUAUCUUCUACUUUGAAACUCAUAGAGGAAGCAAAACAUGAAAUUGAUUCUUACUCUAAGGGAGGACCCAUUUCCUUUGCAGAUCUCAUACAAUGUGCAGCACAGAGUGCAAUAAAAAGUACUUUUCUUGCUUCUGCAAUUCGCAAAUGUGGUGGGAAUGAAGAGAAAGGAGCCUUGUUAUAUACUGCAUAUGGUUCAAAUGGCCAGUGGGGAUUGUUUGAUAGACAAUUUGGAAGGAUGGAUGCGAAUGAACCAGAUCCAGAUGGGAGGGUACCGCAAUGGGAGGAGGCAUCAGUUCAGGAAAUGAAAGAUAAGUUCUCUGCUAUUGGCUUUGGCCCUCGCCAGGUAUUCUGUCUUGUCAUUCUUUAACAUAAUUGCACUAUA